CCCCCACCCGCUCCCUCCGCCUCCCACCAAUCCGCGCCUCCCGCAUCCGGCUCUCACUGACACCUCGGGCCCACAUGGCAGCCACACGCAAGCCCCGCUCCUCCUCGUCGGCCGCCGCCGCCGCGGGCGUCGUCGACCACCACCGCUUCCUCCGCCCCGGCGCCCUCGCCCGCCUCCGCGACGCCAGGCUCCGGCGCCGGAACCCCGCCGUCUCCCGCCCCGCCCCUCCCUCGUCGCCUUCGCCUUCCCCCGCCGCGCCCUCGUCGUCUCCCCCUCCUGCUGCGGCCGGGGACGGCGAGGGCGGCGCGGUGAUGCCGUACUUCGUGCCCGUAUCGAGGCUCCUCGGCCCGCGGUGCCCCCAGCGGAAGAAGCUCGCGGCGGCGAAGAGGGUGAUGCUCUUCGCGCCGCCGCCGCCGAGCCCGGACCUGCCCGUCGAGGUGGCCAUGGAGUUCCUCGGCUCGCCGGACAUGGUGGUCGCCGCUCACUAGGAGGGCGGAUCGUGAUGUAUUUGCUGCGAUAGACCUGUAGAUUUGGGGAUCUAGCUCUCCCUUGUUUCGAUAGUUUUGUGGUUUAUGAUUUUUUUUUUCCUUGUUUGGUUGUACUGAUAUGUGAAAACAAAGACAAAAAAGAAUACUUAUGCUUUGAUUUGCUAAAAAAAUACGAAAGUGACAGAAAAGAGUUGCAAUAUGACUGGAUGCUCUUACUGUGAUCUAUUGAAUGCUCUGUGAAUUGAAGCUAUUUUGUUCUUGA